GGUACUGCCACUUUUACAUUACUCAGUUGCUUUAGAAUAUACUUUGUAUACAUUUUCAGGAAAGAGAAGAUGCAGCAUAUGCAGAUAUUGUUCCCAUUUGAUUUAAUGCGGCAGAGAAUUAAAUGAAAUAUAAUUGAACUUGUCUCCUAAGGUAUUGCUGAAAUCCUAAUGAACCGACCCCAUGCAAGAAAUUCUUUGGGAAAAGUAUUUGUAGAUGAACUUUUCAGUGCUCUGGAACAGCUCCGCUUUGAUGAGAAAGUUCGUGUGGUGGUGUUCAAGAGCAAAGUGAAGGGUGUGUUUUGUGCUGGUGCAGACUUAAAGGAGCGUGAAAAGAUGGAUGAUGCAGAAGUUGGACACUUUGUUAAAAGGCUGAGAAAUCUCAUGGAUGAAAUUGCUGCCCUGCCUGUACCCACAAUUGCUGCAAUAGAUGGCUACGCACUGGGCGGUGGACUAGAACUGGCGUUGGCUUGUGACCUUCGAGUUGCAGCUUCAUCAGCUAAAAUGGGUCUUAUAGAGACCACAAGAGGGCUUCUUCCAGGAGCAGGUGGAACCCAGCGCCUGCCCAGAUGUGUUGGAGUAGGUCUUGCAAAGGAACUCAUUUUCACAGGGAGACAGAUAGAUGGACAAGAAGCCUUCUCAAUGGGAUUAGUAAAUCACACCGUGCCCCAAAAUGAGGAGGGAGAUGCAGCUUACCAGAGAGCAUUAACUUUGGCUAAAGAAAUCCUUCCUCGGGCUCCAAUUGCUGUGAAAAUGGGAAAACUGGCAAUAAACAGAGGAAUAGAGGUUGAUAUUGCAUCAGGGAUGGCAAUUGAGGGGAUGUGUUACGCACAGAAUAUUCCCACAAGAGACCGUCAGGAAGGAAUGGCUGCCUUCAGGGAAAAACGACCACCUCAGUUUAUUGGCAAAUAAUGCUUCCUAGCUUCCCCCUUGUUGUCUUAAUGUUUUUUUGUUUGUUUGUUUAAGGAGGAUCUGCUAAUUUCUUAGGAUUAUUUUUAUGACUGCACUCUCUGUAUGUAGCUCCUUCUCCAUGCCUUGGACUGCAUUUCUGAAUACUCACUGGAUCAUUUUUCUCUAAGGAUUCACCAAUAAAGAUUUAGCUUUGUACGGCCCAUUGAUCUUAAAGAA